UGAAAAGUCAAUAUGAUAUCAUUCAUAUUCUUGAGGUAGUGUUAACGCAAUUCGAGCUAGCCCACCAAGACCAGACCAACCCUGUUUGACUUCAAAGUACCAGGCAUUAGAUACAGCUUUUUUUCUUGAAUUUGAACAAAGAGGUACGCUACAACAGGACUUGGUUUUCGCCAUUUGUAUUGAGAAAAUACCAUAAGCCUUAGUUCGGAUAUAUAAUUCACCAAUAUCAAACACAAAACAGACGUCCCAGACCCGGAAACUAAAGAAGCAACUAACGGGUGUAGCAUUUGGCGGGAGCAUGGAGUCUGGGUAGCCGGGCAAGAUGAUACGCAAUGCGACUUGUUCUCGAGUUCGCUGAGCACAUGCUGUAGGUUUUAGUUUCUCAUUCUGGCACCAUGCGAUCAAUUAUCCGUUCGAAACAUGUAUUUCUAUGCUCAUGAUCAAUUUUCUUUUGCGCAUUGGAGGUCGGUUUACGUCUCUGGAACCGCUGAGCUGGAGGAGCGAACGGCUAAAAUAAACAUCGUUCAAAGAGAACGAAUCGUUCAACUGCAAAUCACGUCUCCACUCGUGGACCACAACUUCAAUGAGUAGGCUACAGGACAGAAGAUAACGUAUUAUCAUAGGAAACGGAAGAAAAACUGUUGAUAAUCUUUUCAUUCUCCAAUUUAGUUUCGUUACUUGUAUUUGUCAUUUCAACUUUUUAUUGAACAUCUCUCUGCUUGUAAUUCGUUCUGUUGACAUAUCCCUUUCAAGCACUUAAUCUGCGUCUGAAAUAAUUUAUUUUACGCCUGCAACAGGUGACAAAUAGAUAAACGUUAGGAUUUUGUCGGCGGCAGGUAGCCUAGUGGUUAGAGCGUUGGACCAGUACCCGAAAGGUUUAUGAAUUAAAUCCCCGAGUUGACAAGGUAAAAAUCUGCCCGUCAUUGUAAAUAAGAAUGUGUUCUUAACCGAUUUGCCUAGUAAAAAAAAAAAAAACAUGUCCACGCCCCCCCCAAAUCACAUAAAGGCAGGAGAGUUUGAAGUCUCAUCAUAUGAAUGGGUGCUUUCAAGUAGGGUACUGCUGUUGCUAUAACAUUUGGAUUAUUAUUACUGUCAAGCAACUUCACUGCACUGCACCUGGAAUCCAUAGCCCUUCUGUGUUCCUAAUUUUCUGUGUGAAUUGGAGGGCAGCGAGAGAAGAUGCAUCUGGUCCUCAGGGUACUGUGUAUCUCUAUGCUCACACUGUGUUGCCUGAGUAGCACUGGUGAGAUAGGUUGUAAACAAUGGACAACCUCUGCUGGUUCUCCUGAUGUCUGCUGUGAAAGGUGCAAUCCAGGGAACCGUCUGGUGACACGCUGUGGACCAGACCCAGAAAAGCUCUGCGUUCCAUGUAGGAAUGAGACCUACACAACUGAUGGUACAUCACACUCCUGUCUCAGGUGUACUCAGUGUGUAGGUGGUGCCCAAUUCCGUAAGGCAGCCUGUACAAAAAGCAAGGACACAGAAUGUGACUGUAGGGCAGGAUUCCGAUGUGGUGAUGACCACUGCUCCUUCUGUGUUGAGGAGUGUGGGAGGGGCCAGGAACCUCUUCCCGCUGCAAGGUCCUGCCGGAAUUGUCCAGAAGGGACCUUCAAUGACAAAAUCCAUGAGAAGUGCAAGUCUUGGAGAACAAGCUGUCUGCAUCCCAAUGAACACAUUGUUGCAGUGGGAGAUGCAGUCAGUGACAGCAAGUGCGGCAUUGCCAACAUUGUAACGCCAGAAGUCAACACCUUACCUUCAACUCAGGCGGACUCUGAGGGGCUUUUUUGGGCUAUAAGUGCCUCAUCUGGGGUCUUUAUCCUCCUUAUCGUCUUGUUUCUGGUCAUCAUCAUCACCAAAAAGCCAGAGAAGACAGCCCCCAAGGAGCCAACCCUUAAUGAGCCAACUCCCCCUACAGAUGAACCCAGGAGCCUGGUGGUGACCAGUUUCCACCACCCUCAGCAGGAACAGGGCAGCAGCUCUGAAAUCCUGUGUUCCCAGGACUUGGAGACCAAGCUCCUGCCUGUGUGAGUGGCAGUGGACUUUCUCCUGUGUUUUUGUUCCACUUUACUUUAAUUUAUUUUUUAAAAGAGUAUUACUGAUAUUUAUUGUUGCAUUGUUUGGAAAGGCAUUUCACUGUACUUGUGGACGUGACAAUUAACUUGGAACAGGGUCAUACUGGGUCUGACCUAAUGAUCACUACUUCACACGGGCACUCUGAUGCCUACACAUUGCUAGCCUCAAGCCCGGGCUGACGCUACUGCUGAUACAGUUGGACUCUAGCUAUGCUGGACCAUGCUACUGAGUCGCUGGGAAUAAGACAUUGACGCUUAGAUCAUUUCUUUUUGAAUUUGUGAUAUUUUUAUUCUGUGAUAUUUCUAAUAUCUCAGCCAUUUUCUUAUCUCACAGGCACAUUCAAAGGUAAACUAGGUCACUAUGUUAAGAUCAUGUACAUGUCAGUUAGCUAGUAAACUGAUAUUCAAAUGUCAGUAGUGAUGGGGAAAUUUAGGGGGAAAAACACUGAUGUCACUAUAUGACAUAUGCAUUAGCAAUUGGCUGCAGCUGGACUAGUUCAACUAUUUACAUUUUCUGGUUUCAUAAACUGAUGGCAAGUGUCCUUUAUGGCCUGAAUAUGUAAUACUACUCUUGAAAUGUGUAUGAAGGUAGUAUCAGAGCCAUGACCAUAAUGUAACAGUGAAUGAGGGGGUAUAGCAGAACAACACAGGAAGCUCUGUAUAGUUGUGACUGGCAGCCUCCAUGCCUCCCACUGGCUUAUACAGUAUCAUAGUCACGUUUUCUUUUCUCAGUUCCCUGAAUGGCUAAACCUAGCUGCCCACAGUUUCUAAGCUGAAGGGAAUAUCCCUACUUAAUAUACUGUACAACCCGAGGUGUGACGAACGUUUCAUUGCGCAAGGUAUGACGAAGAGCAAGUACAGGGUAAUGCCUCAGCACUUUAAGAAUUUGAUUUAUGAUAACAAUGUACCAAUGUGGUACAGUAUGUGACUUGGAGCCACUUUCCUGCGUGAAUGUACUGCUUUUGUUGACUGGUAUAGAGUUAAGGACAUUCCGAUUGGAUCAUUCAUCCCACCCUCCCCUGUAACCAUUCCCCAAGCGAUUGCUGUAAAUGAGAGAAUGUGUUUUGUCAACCUACCUGGUAAAAUAAACAUGGACAAGGACAUUGAAAUGUGUGCAGGAUACAGUAUGAUGUUAUAAAAGGCAGCUUCAUCUACCCACGUUUUCCAGGAAGAGAUUUCGAAAAAGGGUCUGGACAUUCCAAAUAAUGUAGGAGGAAAUGCUACGGUCAGAGAAUCCUCUCAGGUGGGGGUUUCCCAUUGAAUGUGAUCAAAGGGCUUCCUUUAACCUAGUCUGAUAAGAUCAAGACCAGAGUGAACUCUUUCACCACUGUAGGUUUGCAAUCAUAAGCAUUAUCUAAAUCGGUGUUCCUUCGGCUUGCUGGAAAUACUUGUUAACUUGAGCCCACUUAGCCCUGGUUGUAAAAAAGAAAUUAAUACCCCCUCUGGGCUUUCUGUUAGGCAGAGCUGGGAAAGCCCAGAGGAUUGUGAUUAAAUGUGUCAUAUUAAUCCCAUUGUACUAUCACUGCUGGGAAAUUACACAAGAAGGAGCAUAGGUCAUGUGUAAAUAAAGCUAACAAUCAUGAACGCUGUAUGACUAAUAGGAGUCACACAGGGAAGAGGGGAAACAGUAUCAAACACACUGGAAGAGCAUCUCAGGCAAAUGAUCCUAUAGAAACUUCCCAUUCAGAUCUGUACUAAUGUAACUUUUACUUUUCAUGCAGCCUGGUCUCUGACCAGACGUAGCAUAGUAAAUGUAAAUCCAGGACACUCAAAUUAUAUAGUAAUGAUAUGUUACGGUUACUUAAGGCAAAAGUAGGGUUGUUGGUCGGUGUGGCUGGAUGGCCGUUUAACGCGAACAUCUCGCACAAGUUCAAAUCUUAUCGCGGACAACUUCAUCAACUUUUAACUACCUUUUAGUUACUUUGCAACUACUUAGCAUGUUAGCUAAUGCUCCCCCUAAUCUAACAACCCCUAGCCCAGCUAAUAUUAGCCAGCUGGCUAGAAUUCGUAACAUAUCAUACGCUUUGCAAAUUUGUGACAUGAAUUACAAUUAAUAUAACAUAUCCCACAAAAUGGGCGAUGGGCAGCUACAUUAAUACAUACCAUACAAAACAUCAUACUAAAUGGAGUCUCGGAUAUAUGUACAGAAUAAUACGAAAUGCUUAGAGACCAGGUUGCCCUUUCAGAUCUGUACUAAUGUAACCUUUACUUUUCAUGAGUCUACAAAGAAGCAGAGUAGUGCAUCACAGUUCACACCCACGCUUAGUUACUGUAUUUUUCUAGUUUGGACAGGCGUAGCCCACUGAGAUGGAAAAUCUCACAUUUCACAAUUAGGGCCUACCUGGUGGAAAAUGUGAACCCACACUCAUGGAAUGGGCCUACAGUAGUAGCAGUGUAAAUUAGUCAUCACCUCCACAAAUUACUGUCACAGUAAUCCGGGGACAGGGCCUUCAGAAAGCCAGUUCCACUAAAGAUGAUGGUCACAUUGAUGGAUUUUUAGAGUGCCGUCCAUGUGAAUAUCCUUAAGUACUUGGACUGGCCGGCUCCUGGGAUUUUAUUAUGUAUUGUAUGUCUUUUCACUUAGGUGCAGAGAUUGUUGAUUAAAUAAGCAAUAUUGUUUCAUAUUUUGAAUUUUUUUUAAAUAAAGAACUAACAAAUA